GAAAUACUCAAACCAUUUCGGCAAAAUAGUUCCCUCAGUGUUUACUAUCAAGGCCACGAAAGUUUUCAGGAAAAGUCGUCGCGGAAGAAAUAUAUUAAGAGUGAAAAAUCAGUUAAGGAAUGGCAGACUUUGACAUGAAGAUGACUGAAGAGGAGCGAGAUUCAGACCAGCGUUACCCGUUUUCACGAUGCAGUUCAACUGGCUCGAUCCAUACCCUCACUUCUUCAGCUAACAACACAGAUGUAACGGAUGAUGAGGACAGCGACCGUGGCAAUCAGAUGAGCUAUAAGGAAAGACGUCGGGAAGCCCACACUCAGGCAGAACAGAAGAGACGUAACGCGAUAAACAAAGGGUACGACUCGCUUCAGGAUCUCGUCCCAACCUGCCAGAACUCUUUAAAAAGGGCCCGGGGUACAAGAUUCCAAAGGGAACGGUGUGCGGAAAAAGUAAACGACUACUACAGAUGUAGAUGGGGACCCCAUUAA